AUGAUGGCCACUGUUCAAAUUAGCGAACCAGAGCCCUCACACGUGUCCAUGACGCACACGAUCUACCGAGCUUCGUCUCCCUCAGAAUCCAGGCUCGAGGCGCGAGUUGCUGAACUCGAGGAGAGACUCCAGGAUGAACGAAUCGUCCUCACAAAGAGUCAGCGAGAUAACUGCGACUUGGCGCUGGAAAUCGAAAUGCUACAGGAACGCCUGGAGGAAGCAAACGAGACAAUUUCUCAACAAAUGGAAACAAUUCGACGCAAGGAGAUGGAACUCUCUGUGAUUCAGAAGGAGCGCGAUCUGCUGAAACACACGCACGAAGAAGACGCAGCAUCACUGCGCAAACGCUACCAGACGUCCAUCGACGAGCAGAAUCACGAGCUUGACGACUUUCGACGCAUUAAAUCAAAGCAAGUCCUUUUACCAUGCCUCCUAUCAAGAUUAGAAAAGGAGAAAAGUGAGCUUAUGAACCAAGUGGAAAGAUUAGCCAGUGAUCUCUCGAAGCAGGAAUUCCUGAAUGAGUCUCUGGAAAACAAGAUCGAGUCUUUGGAAACUCAAAACACUCGCCUGAAGGCGGGAAACGAGGAAUUGCUGAAACAACUAGCAGAAGCCAACGCAAAGUACUCCAGUCUUUCGGCGGAUGAGUCAGAGCGGCAGAAACACCUCGACAAACUGACAACCUCCCUCAACAUCGUUCAACGCCAGGCAACCAAUUCGGAGAAGGAAAUCGACGAAUUGAAACGACAGAUUGAAGAGGAGGCAACAUCAAACGCCCACCUCCAGUCACGGCAAUCAGCACUGCAAGCUCAACUGGAAGCUGCCGAAGCCAGAGCCGAGGAGGAGUCCGAAAAUGCCACACAAGCUCAGCAGCAGCUCGCUAAAGUGACCGCCGAAUUAUCCGCCCUGAGAACCAAGCACGACCGAGAGGUCACUGAACUCCAGAAUGAGAUCGACGAGGCAAAACGUCGUCUAACGGCACGCACGAACGAGCUGACGGAGCAGUACGAGUCGGAGCACUCGCGAGUGCUCAGUCUGGAGCGCACCAAGACUCAGCUUACCGCGCAAAUUCACGAAAUUCAAAUCCAACUCGAUUCGUGCCAAGUAGACAACCUCGACUUGAAGCAGGAGCUCAAAUCGGUGAGCACCCAACUCGCCGAGACAGAGAAGAUUCUUGAGGAGGCCCAAACGGAGGAGGCGCAACUGCGAGCGAAGCUGGCCUCCCUCCAGAAGGAGCUCUCGAACGCACGCAACUGGAGAGUCGAAAACGAACCCAGGUUGACUGCGCUGGAGAAGGAGAACCGCGUUAACGCCGACGAUCUUUUGUUUGUGCUUCCAGAAAAGCUGAAGGAUCUCAAGGAGGCUUCUGCUAAAUUGGCCAAGGAAAACGAUGAAAUGGAGAGCAUGCAGGUGCGCCUUGAACGCGAAAGGGAAUCCCUUCAAAUGACAGUCAGAGAACUCGAGGACGCCCUUCAUGAGGUUGAGGCUGGCCAGGAGACGGAGGACAAUUACAACCAAUUAGCAGCUGAAUUUGACGACCUCAGCCAUGCACUUGAGGAAACAAGGUCUUCAUUGCAGUUGAGUGAGAGCCGUCGGCAGGCGCUUUCAGAGGAGGUGGAAAUGAUUCGUGUGCAACUCGAGGCCUCCGAGCGAAGCCGUCGAAAGGCCGAAUCGGAGACUCAGGAGCUUACAAAUCGCGUGUCCGAGCUGACUGCUCAGGUCAACACUUUAAUCGCUGACAAGCGCCGCCUUGAAAGCGAGCUCACAAUCGCUCAAGGUGAUAUCGAAGACCUCAAUGGCAGCAAGCAGGGCAAUGAGGAGCGUAUCGCGAAGCUAACACUCGACGUGGCCCGUUUGACAGCUGAUUUGCAGGCUGAACAGGAUCUCGCACGUCGAGCAGAGGCUGGAAGGCGUCAACUGGAGACGGAUCUUCGUGACGCGAAUAAUCGCUUGAAGGUGGCAGAACAGGCCUCUGAAGACGCCGAAAAAGACGCCAUUAGGAAGAUCAAUGGAAUGGAGGCUCGACUUCGCGAUGCAGAAAUGGCCGCUGAGACAGAAGCCAAACGCGUUAGGGAACUCACGGCCCAGUUACGAAAAGUGGAGCGUUCGCACAAGGAAGUUUGCCAAGCCCUUGAAGAGGAACGCUCGAUGGCAGCACAGAUGAAGGAGCUCAUGGAACGAGGACAAGGCAAACUCAAGACCAUGCGUCGUCAGAUCGAGGAGUCGGAAGCAGCAGUUGCGAACGCGAACAUGAAGCUACGCAAGGUCCAGGAGCAGCUCGAAGAGGCCGAAUUGCGUGCUUCGAUGGCAGAGAGACGCAUCAGUCUGCAGGCGGAGGCGGCUGCGCGCGACAAGCAGACUGCGUUCAACCCGCGGAUGCGUUCAGCCUCCUUCGUUCGCGAAGGCUCCACCUUCAGCGUGACCGAGUACACGCCCCGUCGCUCCCGCCGGACCGCUGCUGCAUUCCGCAGCGUCGACAGCGAGGAGCGAGACGUCCUCAACGGAGUCGCCGACUAG